UCUCAGAUCAAACAUUGCUUGGCCUCGCUCUUUGUUUAACCUGCUUCAGCUGGUCAUUCUCCUUUGACCUCCAUGGCCUUCCCACCCCCUUUCCCCUUGUUUUGGCUCUGGCUGAGUAGAAGGAACACUCUUACUGACUGGGAUGAACUUUGCCAAAAGCAAGCAAACCAGCCAUUUGCUCGCCCUGCCUUAAGAGGAGAGAAAGCCCCAGGAAGGAGGAGGAAGAUGCAGCUCCCAGUACUACUUCUCAUCUGUACAUUGCCUGCUGUAACUCCACAACACCAUUUAGUGAAGGAUGUGUGUACUGCCAAGCCAAAGGAUAUCCCUGUCAACCCUAUUUGUAUCUACCGCAACCCAGAUAAGAAGGCCCAGGAGGCUGCAGCCUCUGGGCCGAUUCCAGAGAACAUUCCCAGCUCUACCAACCCACGGGUCUGGGAGUUGUCCAAGGCCAAUUCUCGCUUUGCUGCCCUCUUCUACAAGAACCUGACCACCUCCAGGAAUGCCAAGGAGAACAUCUUCUUGUCACCCCUCAGCAUCUCCACAGCCUUUGCCAUGACUAAGCUGGGGGCCUGUGGCAACACCCUCCAGCAGCUAAUGGAGGUUUUUCAAUUUGACACCAUUUCAGAAAAGACAUCGGAUCAGGUCCACUUCUUCUUUGCCAAACUUAACUGCCGACUUUACAAGAAAGCCAACAAAUCAUCAGAGUUGGUGUCGGCCAACCGCCUCUUUGGGGAGAAGUCCUUCAGCUUCAACGAAACCUAUCAGAAUGUUAGUGAGGUGGUUUAUGGAGCUAAACUCUGGCCUUUGAACUUCAAAGAGAAGCCAGAAUUAUCUAGGGCACUCAUUAAUGAUUGGGUGGCAAACAAAACAGAGAAGCUCAUCAAUAACGUGAUCCCAGAAGGAGGCAUUGAUGCCCUCACCAGUUUGGUACUGGUCAACACUAUUUACUUUAAGGGCCACUGGAAAUCCAAGUUCCAGCUCGAAAAUACAAAGGUGGAGACCUUUUACAGAAGUGCUUCUGAGCCUUGCUCUGUGCCUACAAUGUAUCAGGAAGCGACAUUCAAGUAUGCCUCUUUUGCAAGCUCCAAAGUACAGGUCCUGGAGCUGCCCUACAAAGGAGAUGACAUCACCAUGGUCCUCAUCCUGCCCUUUGCACAGACCUCCCUGGCACAAGUGGAACAGGGGCUGACAGCCGAGAAGCUGGAAGGCUGGCUGAAUGUCCUGAGAGAGGUCUCCAUCUCAGUGCAUCUGCCCCGCUUCCGUAUGGAGGACAGUUUCAGCCUGAAGGAGAAGCUGGAACAGAUGGGGCUGACUGAUCUCUUCAGACCGGAACUUGCCAAUCUGCCAGGUAUAAUUUCAGGUGUCCGGAGGGAUGUUUUUGUAUCUGAAGCAUUCCACAAAGCUUCCCUAGAGGUGAAUGAAGAAGGCAGUGAGGCAGCUGCCGCCACAGCAGUCAUGAUCGCAGGCCGUUCAUUUCCUUUGAACAAACUUGUCUUCAAUGCUAACAGACCUUUCUUGGUGCUCAUACGGGAAGUUGCCAUCAAUGCCAUUCUCUUCCUGGGCAGAGUAGCCAAUCCCUGCUCUUAACACUUCAGGUUGUUUUUCAGUGGUCCUCCUCCUGUUUUGAAACAGCUAAUAAAAAGGUAUUAUUGCUGUAUCUCUCAAAUGACAUGUUCUCAAAUUACAACUAAACCCAUUCUUACUCAACUGUGCAUAUUGACUCUGAAAUGCCUUCAUCAUCAUUAUUCUUUUUAAAAAUUAUUAUUAAAUUUGUUGACCACGGGGCAGUUCACGACAUAAAAUUACAAUAUAAAAACACAAAUACAUAAUAAAAACAAAAGCAAAGACAAACCAAAAAUUCCUCCUUCCACAACAGGAAGACCUCCAGGACAAUUUGCAGAGGCCUUGGGCACUACUGUAUCUGCCUGCGUAUUGUGUGUGUUCCCUCUUUCAUGUCUUUCUCUUUCCAUCUGUCAUUCCUGCCUAGCAGCAUCUUCUUUUUCUUUGAAAAUCUGAAUCUUGGAAGAAUAAAUUGAAGCUUCUCACAAUUUACUACACACACCUGCCUCUUCAGCUAUGUUUAGAGACAGUAGUUUAUUAACUGGUGGUACCUUAAUUUAACCUUUAAGAUGGCAGAUGUUUGAAGAGGCUAGCUGCACUGCAAGAGAGAUGUAUUGUGGAGUGAUCCCUCCCCCCGCCGCUCUGUGAAUAACAUGGUUACUCUAUUCCAGGAAGAGCGUGCGAGCUCUUUGGAAGUCAUUCCCAAAUGAUGACAGCUUUACCGAAUAAAUAGUUGGCUAUGCAAAUUGGAAUUCUAACUUGUUGACUUUGAUUAAUAAAACGAAGGCCCCAAGUCCCAUUAAUGGAGGUUGAUCACAGAUACAAGCUAUAGCAAAUGGGCUAUCAAAACAAAAACACCCUGCCCGCCCCAUGAUGUAUAUAGCAAUCUGUGCAUUUAUUUCCACUUAAGAACAGCGGAAGCAUUGAAGAUCAUUGGAAGAGCACACAAGAUUCUACUUGCACCUUGAACUGAAAUGAUUCUAUGCAUAUUGACUCAGAAGUGAUAAUCCUUUAGUUCCAUGUACUUUGCAUCCUUGUAAUUGUGCAUAGGGUGCAGCUUUACAGCGCUUCUUUAGCAGUUGCCAUCUUAGCAACAUUUUUGAAUUGCUGAAGAAGAUGGCUGCUAUCUUAGUUGUUCAUUUAAGUCCAUGUUGUGGCUUUUGGAAGAGCCUUUGCCACAGAAGCGAAUGGUAUUAUAGGGUUGCAAUCCACUGGCAAUGGCAAAACCAGGAAGCCUAGGUUGUACAACUUGUGACCCGAGAAAGCAAACACCACUCAUAUUUUGCUUUGUGCUUGACAACUUUCCUGGUGGACCGCUGUACAUAGCUGCCUUUGGGUUGGUGACAGAAUGAUUCAGGGCAUGAGGCAUGUAUGAAGCUACCAUUGUGAAAGCUGAAUAUACUGAAGAACCAGAGUGAUUUAUUGUCCACAAAGACCAGUGAGGGGCUCUAAUAAAUUGAAAAAAACUAGGGAAAACUGACUUUGUGUGAGUAGUGAACCUUAGUUUGGGGUGUAUGGGUUGUAUGGGGAGGGCACUACCUCUGGUAUGCCCCUUCUGGGCUAGUCUGCACACCUUUGGUUCCCACCUUGCACUCAGUUCUCACCUGUGGUGCCCACAAGCUGUCAGGAUGCAACAGCAGCCACAGCCUGAGAAUGGCUUUGACUGACAGACUUAACCAGAUGAGGGUGGCUGAUGGGUCUUAAACCUUGGUGAAUUAAGGUCGCCCCUGCAUGCGAAGACAGGCUCCAGCAGAUUGGGUGGAUGAAACCAAGAGGGGGUCCAACGGUCAAGAAUGCAGUUCCUGCAUGUGCUGUAAAGGGAAGUGAGGGGCAGACAGGACUCAUCAGUCCGGGAAGGUAGUCCAUCUAGAGAAGGAAAACUUUUAUCCUCAAUCUCCACUGCCUUGCAGGACAUCUUUGGGAGAAGAAAAGGCUAAGGAGUAAACCCUGCACAAAUCUGGAAUGGAGUCCCUAAGAUGGUUGGAUGGCGCCUUGUAUGGCUGCCUUCUGGCAACUCCUGCAGCCAAGCUGGUGCCAAAUGUAUUGCUCUGCUUUCUUUUGGGCCACAUCGGUGAGGCUGAUCUUGUCAUUUGGGCAGCUCAGGACCUCCAUACACACUGCCCAGGCUUGUGCACCGAGGAGGUCACUUCAGUGCUGCUAACAUACCGGUUUGACUUCCCCCUGGAGGUGCACUCCAUUGUCUCACAAGACAGAUGGGUGGCAACAAAAAACCUUACUUUGGGGACUGUUAAAUGGAAGAGGUGGUACAUAGGACUGUGGACAGUCAAACAAAAGACAGUGCACUCCAUUUAUGAGUAUUAAACCAUUUAAUUCUCAAACCACUCACAUGCAUAACAUUUCUUUUACACAGUGUUAAAGAGGAAAAUGCAUUUGUUUUAAAAUACAAACAGAAUUUCAAGUAUACAUUUAUAGAAUUUUUCAGAGUCCUAACCCAGUUUCUAAGUUUCCAUUCACAUUGUUUUUAAAGCUGUUCAACGAGAGCUUUUAGUUCAUUUAUUUUUGCUAAACUGCUUUAAAUAAGUUUGUACAAGUCUUUAUCUUCACUGUUGUUUUACUCUCCCCACCACCACCACCACCACCAAAAGACACACUCACAGAAUAAUGACCAUAUCACCUCUCUUUUGUUUUCUUCCUCACUGGGAGAAUAAAAGAUGCACCAAAUGUGGGUUUGGGAAAAUGCUAAUAAAAAAUAAAUUGACAAUGAUUGAUAGCAGAACAGCCCAAACAACUGGAUCACAUUUCAGCCUGUUGGAGAAGUGAAGUAUGAAUUCUGUUGCAAUGCAAUGCAAUGCAACCAAAAGAGAGCAGUUCAAGAACUGCAAGAGAUAUCUUGUUUCAGAUUCAUAGAGCAAUAGUUUUAAAGGGUCUGCGAGGUGGUGGUUGAUUAGUUUUAAAAGGGGGGAAGGGACACAUGAUUAGGAUAUUUCUGUAAUAAGAGAAGAGUUAUAUAUUUAAAACUUUAGGAGUGGGGUGCAACAGAAAAAUCAAAUUGGCUAAUUCACCAGUGGCAGUGAUCCAUUCUGAGCCGCAGUUUGCUCAAGAUUCCCACACAUCCCACCAAAAGCCAGACCACAGAAAGUGGGCAAGGGUAUCCCCUGCACUGUGCAACUCAGACAGAUAUCCCGUUGGCGCUCUCAUUCGUGUUGUGGCAACAUGCACAACACAUAGCUAUAAUGCAUGAGUUCAAGGUAGCAGCACAGCAUCCCAAAGCACCUGUGCUUUACAGGCGCUCUCCUUUAGCAUGGGUGGCAUUCAAGAGGGUGGCACCCUAGCCCAUAACAUCCAAUGCAGGGCCAGCUUUCAGUCUGUCUCAGCAAGAAUCCACCCAAGAACAGAUCAUUGAGGCAGACGUUCAGGAAG